AUGGAGCUCUACAGCGUACCUGCCUACCUACAUCUUACCCAGACCGAGAUCAAUCCUUUCCUGUCCGUCCCCUAAUUGAUUGCUGUUGCGCCCUUCUUAAAUUCUAAGGUAGCAUUUUACCGAGACAAUCUCAAUCUUUCCUACACGCACAUGACUAUUUCGCGAUCUUACUAUGGCCAAAAAGGCACGUCAAAGGAUAAGCUAUGUUCUUGAAUUAGAUCACUCGUCAUCUGGCGGCCAUAGACUCGGUGUAAAUGGCCUUGCCGUCGACCGAGACAAUGCUAUUCUCUAUUCCGGAGGUAGAGAUGGAGUCAUUUGUGCCUGGGACCUGAAUCUCGAUUUGAAUAGUCACGAUCCCGACCGUGUGGCUAGCCGAGGCGCAAAACCCCGACCGACCACCAAGUUCCGUGCAUCGACACAAGCCCACACCCACUGGGUCAACGAUAUCGUACUCGCCGCAAAUAACACCGCCCUUGUUUCUGCUUCCUCUGACUUGACUGUGAAAGUAUGGCGACCCGAACUUGGGGAUACCGAACCCCAUACCAUUGGUCAGCAUGCCGACUAUGUAAAAUGCGUCGCGACACCGAGUUCCGCAGACUGGGUCGCUUCAGGUGGACUAGAUCGGAAGAUAUACCUGUGGGACCUCAAUGGCAAGGGUAAAUCUCUAGAGAUCGAUGUUCGAGGUGAGGAUGUUAGCGAGAAAGCUUCCGUAUAUGCUAUGAGUGUCGGCCGAAAUAUUUUGGCAAGUGGAGGACCAGAGUCAAUUGUACGAUUGUGGGACCCGAAGUCUGGCAAGAGGAUUACCAAGCUAGUCGGUCAUACUGACAAUAUCCGUGCGAUAAUGAUGAACGAGGCCGGCGACACUGUCAUGACGGCUAGUUCUGACCAGACUGUCAAAGUGUGGAGCGUUACUGCUGGAAGAUGCAUGUAUACGCUCACCAUGCACAACGAUAGUGUUUGGUCGCUCUUCUCCGAAGAUCCUGAGUUGGCAGUCUUUUAUAGCAGCGAUCGGUCUGGCUUAAUCGUCAAGACAGACACUAGGGGAACAUUGGAAAUGGACGAAGGAUUGUCUGUUGCCGUAGCUCAGGAACAUGACGGCGUUAACAAAGUAGUAGCUUGUGGUGAUUAUAUAUGGACUGCCACGUCAAGCUCUUCCAUCAACAGGUGGACGAACGUCGAGACUGGCUCCGAGGCUCAACUCCCGGAGGCCUUCCGACAUUUGCGUGCGAGUAGUCCGGUCUCGAGGUCAAGAAAGACAUCUACAGCUUCUGCUGAUGGAUUGGCGAAAAAUGAAAUCCCGACAAAAUCCAUUUUGAGGAUAUCAAACACCGCCGCCUUCCCACCAGAACUUAAUGGCUCUUCCGAAUCUAAUUUAACUCCCGGCGUGCUGUCUAGGAAAGGUUCAGAACUUAUGAUCGAUCCAAUAGUUCCUGUCAUCGAGCCCAUACACCAUUUACCGGAAGAAACUAUCGAAGGCCAGAAUGGAUUGGUGAAGCAUAAACUUCUGAACGAUCGGCGUCGUGUUCUAACUCUAGAUACUGCGGGUGAUGUGUUGUUGUGGGAUCUUAUAAGAUGCAAAGUUAUCAACAGGUUUGGGAAGAAACACCUUGAAGAUGUUGAGCCAGAAGUCAAUACUUUGGAAGCUGUUGCUCCUUGGUGUUCAAUUGACACAAGUUCUGGAAACCUGACUGUUGUGUUGGAACCUUUUAAUUGUUUCGAUGCUGAAAUGUACGCCGACGAGUUGAUCUUGGCGGAACCCGUCGAUUUUCGGGAAGAUCAGAGAAUAAACCUUGGUAGAUGGAUUCUUCGAUAUUUGUUUGCGAAGUUAAUCGACGAAGAAAUUAAACGGGAUGAAAUUCAAAGACUGAAACUUAAUGAGGUCGUGGAGAAACGCCAUGCUGCUACCCGACUCAACCCGCCAACAUCGAUAAUGAUACCUUCCUCCGAUGCUCAAGGAUAUGAAUCUAGCGAUUCACCGGUAGCAACACCGAGAGCCAAUGGAGCCAAUUUCCCCAUGACUCCGGGACUGGUAAUAGGCAUAGCUACUCCAGCUCCAAAUUUACCAGGCGUUCCCGGGAGUGCUACCACCAACUCUUCUAGCCCACUAGAGAAGCGGCCUUCGCAACAGCUGCCUCGUUCAUCUGGAGAUGAUUAUUUCUCUGGUGGCAUUAGUUCGGCAGACGCGCCUGCAAAAUCGGCUACGACUCCAGUGGGGGCAGAGCAGACGACCGCCAAAGAAGAAACACCAAAAUCUCCAGUGGAAACGAAAGAAAAAGAAAAGGACACUGCUAAAUCACCGAGUACACCUUUUGGGAAGAAAUUCCGAAUGGGCAUGUCUUUCGGUACCAAGAAGCUUGGAAGGUCAGCCUCCACUAGUAUCGAGAAACACACUGCCGCGGAGGAAAAGCCCGAGGAAAACAAGUCGGAGUCAUCGUCAAACCACGACAAGGAGAUCGAUGAUAACUUCCGCGGCGUUAUACAAAAGAUACAAAACGACUACGAGAAGCAAUUACUCGAAAAUCCUGACAACUUUGUUGAGACUAAGAUUACGCCUGCUCUGCCUAUUGAUGCCCCGGUGUUGAAACUCCCUCCCGGUACGAAGGUUAUUAUCCAGGAAGAGACAUCCGGUGGUAGCGCCAACUUGUACCGGGGUACAGUGAUGAGUGUCGGUGUUGAUGCGGAUAUCAUCGAGGAGAAAGCUCCUAUGUGGUUGGGCGAGGUUUUACUCACCAAUACGAUUCCACAAAAAGACCCCGUCAAGGUCUCUUUUGUGCUGCAUCCUUGGAAAGACUCAUUACCUAGCAUUGCGACUGCCGACGGAAAUAAUCGCCUCAACGCGAACCGUAUGCUACGAGUUAAGAAAAUCUUAGCUUACGUAGCCGAAAGAAUUGAGCCACAGACCGAAGAGCCCGAGCCUGGAGCGCUUAAACCUGAAGAGUAUUUAGAGCUAUAUUGUAAUGAACAGCUACUACCAAACACCAUGAGUCUUGCAACUCUACGAGCCCACAUUUGGAAAGGGGGCAGCGACGUUGUUUUGUGUUAUAAGGCGAAUGGUCGGAAGGAAAUUCCAAAAGAACUCCCGCAACCGACACUUGACGAUCCCGUAGUUUCAGAUCCUGGAGCACAGACAGCGAUACCGCCAAUAGCGACUGUAACUUGAAUAGCUUUAAUAGGAAUAGGAAUUGGAAUUGUAUGACCAGGAGGAAGGGUAUCAUCCAUUAACUGUCUAUGUCUGAUAAUUCUAAAAGUCGGGGUAUUCUAUCAUCUGUUGUACAUACUCUCCACCUCCCUCCCAAGCGCCGUGUUGAAUUAUGGCUCUGAGGUAUACCCCGGGAUAUACAAAAACGAGGACCACUUCUUAGCCCUGAUGUGUUUGUACCUAGUCGUCUCGAUCUUCACUUCGUCAGUCGUGAGCGCGUCAUAUGACGUUCCCUUGCAAGGCGUUAACAGCCCACUGAUAACUCCCGAGGAAAAUGGCUCCCCCGGCACUAAUCCACAUAACCCUAGGCCCUAUCCCUGCGAAGAACGGUCGUAUACCAUGACUCCUCAACAGAUCCGUCAACACAGUAAACACCUUCUCCCGCUCCUUCGACAGCAUAACCCUCGUCUUCAACACAUCCAGCGGCGUCGUAACCCCCGCCGCAAUAGCCCCGGAUACACUCCCAUACAGCGCGCUCUCCCCCGCACUUACCUCCACACUCCCACUCGCCACCUUGCGCCGCCGUCCCCAGCUCUUCAACGCCUCCCACAGCGGGAACUGGAUCACCGUAAACGGCACCUCCCGCAUCACCGUGAUCCCCCACCCGCGGUACAACUCCCGCCACACCCCCGCAAACCC